UUCUUGCCAUAACCCGCAACGGUAGGCAAAGUACAAUAUUGCUAUGGGAAUUGGGAAACUAUUACUUUUUUGAGAUGAAGUAAACAACACAAAUACCUGAAAGAAAAAUUAGUAUAAACAAACAAUCAGAGAACGAAAACUCAUGCUUACGCAUUUAAUGCACGCUACGCUUUUCGGUACAGGAUUGUUCGUUGCUUCACUGCUCGGUUCUUCUUCUUCUUCUUCCUCUUCUUCCACCACCGCUCUCAUUGUGUUCGACGAAAUGCCUGAGAAAUGGUGUCUCUCAUCAGGACCCCAACACAUUUCUGUGUUCCUCCGCGAUUGAAAUCCUCGUUUCGUCCCUCUUCUUCGGUCUUGGCGCUCGGCCGCGGAUUGGAACUCCGCUGCCCGGUAUUUAGUCUUGUGGCGACGAAACAGGAGGAGGGCGUGUUCGGGGUUAUCCAGCUGAGGCGGAGCGGUAGGAGGGGUGUUGAUUCUUGUUGUUGUUGGUGUGGUGGUGGUGGUGGAGGGUCGUCGGCGAGUGCGGAAGGGGACGGGGAGCUGGAGGCGAGAAUAUUGGAGUUCAUGAGGAAUUCCGAGAAGCCUGGGGCGUUCCCUUCCAGGAAAGAGUUGGAGGAAGCGGGGAGAUUUGAUUUGGUUGAGGCUAUUAGGAGGAAAGGCGGGUGGUUCUUGCUUGGCUGGGACUCAGAGGAUGAUGAGAAUGAGAGUCUCGAAGAAGCUGAGGCAGUUGAUAUUGAUUUUGAUAUGGAGGAGUUUCGAAGGAGGGUCAAGAGUUGUCAAGAUAGUGGAGCUUUUCACAACAAUGAAGAGGACUCUCUGUGUGUCAAUGGUUCUUCUGAAACUGUGUCUUCUUCUGGUAGAUCAUUAGAAAAUGGAGCAGAGGAAGAUAGUGGAGUUGAGGGCAUAUUGAGGCGAUUAGAGAAACGCAGAAAAUCAUCUUUUGAUAUGAAUUCAGAAAAAUCUAGCAAUGGAAAGUGGGCUUUAAACAGAGAUGAUGGAAAUGAUCAGAAUGUCAUGACCACUGCUGUGGGCAGGAGUAAUCUAGGACAAACCAUCACUGAUGCAUCAGAUUCAUGGAGAGCUUGGAGCAUUCAACGUGCUGGCUUUCAGGAUGCAGAAUUUGAACCUGCAGAGAUUACUUUUGGUCAAAAUCAAGAAGGUAAAAGAACUUCAAUAGAACACUCAGUUGUAGUGACAGAAAAGGGUACAGGAGAUUUACACAGACAGAGUGGUGUCAAUCACAAAGACAUAAGAGCUCGCAUACAGCAUCUAGAAGUCGAGCUUAAUUCGGCGCUUCAGUUAAUAAGGUUCAAGAGUGAAGAAUACAGUUCAAAAGAGGUAAAACACCAAGAAUUGAUAAGGUUCAAGAGUGAAGAAUACAGUUCAAAAGAGGUUAUUGGAAGCUCUCCUAGUGAUGUGCAAAAACUUUCUGAUGCAUUGGAGUUCCAGGAGAAUCAGUUAAUGCAUGCCCAGAUGAGAUUGCGGUCAAUACGUGCAAAGCUAACAGUACUUGAGGGGAAAAUGACAUUGACAACUAUUGAUGCACAAAAGACGAUGGAAAAGAAGCAGAAUAGAAUUAAUGGUGCUUAUCUAGCUACACAGCUUCUGCGUACUACGCAUAUUGUUUGGCCCAAGUCAGCCUCAGAAGUUCUUCUGGCAGGCUCUUUUGACGGUUGGACAUCUCAGUUAAAGUGGUUGCAGAGGAAGAUGGAGAAAUCAAGUGCUGGUAUUUUUUCUGUGACCAUGCUGUUGUAUCCCGGCAGAUAUGAGAUCAAGUUCAUUGUUGAUGGCAAAUGGAGGGUCGAUCCUUUACGCCCCAUCGUUAAAAACCAUGGACAUGAAAACAAUCUACUCAUCAUCACAUAAAAGCUCGUUAUUGGAAGGCUCUGGGCAUUGAAUCAGCAGUGGAGGUGCAUGCAUUGCAGUAAAUCCAGAUGGAUGGUUGAUUCUUUUAUGAGGAUUUCACACAGAAUACCAACUUUCAUACUAAAUUUUUGUACUAUUCUUUCUGCGGUGAUGUAAAACGAACAUAUCUACAGUUCACGAGCUGUUUCAAUCACAUUCUUUCUGUACAUAUGUGCAUGUACUACUACUAGGUUAGCAGCUUCUUGCACUGGAUCAACUUUCAGUGCAAAAAAAUUCUCAGAAUAUAUUUUAGAGUAAUAUGUGAUUGAUGGAAACUCCUACCUACACAGCCUACACUAUCUGCAAACAUUGUAACAUUAGUUUUCUAAUUUAGCUUUUUUAGUUGUAGUAUUUA